AUGUCUCCCAGGAUCACUCGCUCUACUGCGAGGUCUCUAGCAGCUUCUUCAAAUCCCGACAACGCAAACCCGCCGCCCGCUACCACCGCUCCUCCGCCUAAGCCUCCACCGAAGCCUCCAUCUCGCAAGCGAAAGGCAACCACUCAAGACACAAGCCCGAGCGCCGCCGCGCCUACACGAGCUGCUGCAUCCCGAGGUCCUAGCAAGCGGGCCAAAGUUGAAGCACCCGAAGAUCCUCCCCCACCUCCCGUGCCUGUGGCACGGUCGAGGCGAGCAAAGGCAGACACGGCCAUGUCAAACAUGGGGCCUCCAGCAGGACCGUCCGAGGACAAGAAUGCAAAACCGGCAACCACAUCCGCAUCGUCGCCCAAGCGUGGCAGCCGUAGGAAGGAAAACAAAGAAACGCCAUCACGCAAGCCCCCAUCAUCAUCCAGACGUACUAGGAAAUCGGCAUUAGUACUCGACGAAGACGUCGCGAUGGCCGAUACGCCAGAGACGAAGAAGGCAGACAACAAUGAGAAGGAUCCAAGCCAGGACUCGACCGACGACAGCGCUGAGGAAGGGGAACAAUCUCACCCUCACGAUGAGCUGGACCCGGAGACCUUUGCAAACCGUUAUCUUGGGCGGUCCGGCGGUCCAGGCGGCCUCUCAGGGACACUACGCGCGCUGAGUGGCAUGAUGUCGGCAACAGCUGCAAAUCUUCGAGGAAUCCUGGAAAACCUUAGAUCACACGAUCCGUCCGUACAACUUAUCGCUCUCCAAGAACUGUCCGAACUGUUACUUCUACUCAAUGAAGAUCACCUCGCCGGCUACUUUUCGCCAGACCAGUAUGUAAAGGAACUUGUCAAACUCAUGCAGCCAAGCGAUUUUGGCGAGGAGAACCCGGAGAUCAUGCUUCUCGCAUGCCGUUGCAUUGCCAACCUGAUGGAGGCUCUGCCUGCGGCUACUCCCGCUGUUGUCUAUGGCGGCGCGGUGCCUAUACUCUGCCAGAAGCUGCUCGAAAUCCAUUACAUCGACGUCGCGGAACAAGCGCUCAGCACACUAGAGAGGAUAUCCGUUGAGUUUCCAGCGUCUAUAGUCCGCGAAGGGGGUCUUACGGCAUGUCUCACCUACCUCGACUUUUUCGCUACAGGUACCCAGCGGUCUGCGGUCACUACAGCUGCCAACUGCUGUCGAAACCUGCCGGAGGACUCGUUCCCCGUUGUCCGGGAUGCCAUGCCCAUCCUGCUGAACGUUCUCAACGGCAGUGAUCAGAGGGUCGUUGAACAGGGCUGUUUGUGCGUCUCUAGGAUCGUCGAGAGCUUCAAAUGGCAAGAAAGCAAGCUGGAAGAGCUAGUGAGCACGGAUUUGCUAAGUGCCGUCCUCCGUCUGCUACUGCCGGGCAGCACAAACCUCAUCGGUCCCACUGUUCACACUCAGUUCCUCAGGGUACUGGCUAUCACCGCACGUGCAAGCCCUCGCUUGUCCGUGGAGCUGUUCAAGAUGAAGGUUGUAGACACCCUGUACCAAAUCCUGACUGGCGUGUCACCGCCAAGUGGUACAGACGAUAUCGCAACAAAAAUCGACAGCGUGGUCAUUAUGCAAGCCUUGAUCCACCGACCACGGGAUCAGGUCUUCGAGACACUGAACGUCAUUUGCGAGCUAUUGCCAAGUGUCUCACGCGACGGCCUGCUGUACUUGGAUGAUCUUCUCGACGUUGGACCCUCCGGAGAUGACUACAUGACGUUGUCAGCAAAGUCGAAACAACCGAACGACAAGCGCGUGCAGCUGCUCGAGGAAUGCAAAGACGAAGUCAAGCGCUUCGCUACCAUACUCUUGCCCACACUUACGGACGCCUACUCCAGCACGGUCAACCUUAGUGUACGUCAGAAAGUUCUUACCGCCCAACUGAAGAUGCUCUCCAACCUGGAUGUGGAUAUUCUGGAAGACGCACUUCGAACCGUACCAUAUGCAUCAUUCCUAGCCUCGAUCCUGUCCCAGCGAGAUCAUGCCAUACUCGUGACUUUUGCAUUGCAGGCUGCAGAACUCUUACUGAAGCGGCUCGAGCCAAUCUACCGUUACCAGUUCUACCGCGAGGGUGUCAUUGCUGAAAUAUCGAAGCUGGCCAGCCGGCCCUGUAAGAUCCCUGAACUCAAAGAGAAGCUGCGGAAAGCAGGGUUUGAUGUUGAGCCUGUUGCUACCUCAAGCCAAGACACGAGCUCUGAGGAGGACGUUGAUCUGGAGCAAGAAGUUCACAUUGCCGGUGAUGAAGACAAUUCCGAAGAUGAUGGAGACGACCUCGAGGAACACGACGACGGGAUCCGUGGUGGUGACGACGAGUUUGAGUCUUCAUCGUCUGAGGAGGAAACGUACGUUCACCCUCCAAUGCCUGACGUCGAAGACCUCAUUACCCUUCGUGCAAGAAAGUUCAUGGAAGUGCAUGAAACGGAAGGCAAGAAGAUCAUGCAAGAAAAGGCAGCCAGCAUCCUUGAGGACCUGAAGUCAAUGGCUGAAGCUAUGAAAGCACACAUAUCCAAUCAGGGCGACACUGACAGUGUCGAGGUGUUCCGACGGCUUGCGGAAUACUUCAGUCCUGAUCCAUUAGAAAGCAUCACUAGCUACGAACUCUUGACGUCUGGAAUUCUCGGAGCGCUGUUGGAUCUUUUCUCCGGUCCAAGUGCGGAAGAGAAUGCAGAUGCGAGGUCCGCUUUUCUCAAAACCUUCAUGAGUUCAGGCGUGCAAACCGAUCAGAGGACCGCAGCCCCAAGCGCCACUGCAUUCAGCGUGCUGGUUCACAAACUGCAAGAUCUCUUAAGUCGCGCUGAGCAUUUCGAAGUCAUCACUGUCCAUCAGAACUCUUACGACAGUAACCGGGGUAGCGCUGCAUCGAUGCUUGCAAAGCAGCUGCGCUUGAAACUUGUCGCGGACGAAGACUCAGGCAUACCGGCGAAUUUCCGAAGCUUCCAAGUUACCAUCCAUGCGAUCGCGACGUUCAAAGCACUCGACGACUACCUUCGCCCAAGGAUAAGCUUAGCUGAGCGUCCGAGGGUUCCGAAGAGCCGGGAGAGUUCGAUCGCCGCAUAUGCUGCUGCACUGAGCAGCCGAUCACCGCUAGGAGGCGGAAGCUCGGCCACUCCACCUUCGAAGACAGCAAACCCUUCAGAUUCCACUAAUCGCCUCAGUGUAAAGAAAACUCGAUCUAAGCAAGCUGCUGUACCACCUCCCGCUACGCCAGGUUCGACUGGAGCACCCGAGAGGCCCUCCAGCACGCGACGUUCGAGUCGACGGCAUCAGGCUCAGAUUCAAGCGACCCCACCACCGCCGCCUCCGCCGCCAGCGCCCGCAGAGCCCUCAGACAACUUGCAGGACCCUCUUGAGUGCGCUGAUGAGGCUCCCUUGGACGACGAAGACGAAUCUCAAGAUGGUGUUAUGGAUGCUAUUAUGGGCGAACUCGAGGAUGAAAUGGAUGAAGAUGUGCCAGAACCAGACCCAGACCCAGUCACUCUUGAGUAUGCUGCCACUGGCAAGGUAAGCGCUCGCAAAGACGAUGGGACGCGGAUAGCCACUCCGGUCCAAGGCGCACCAGCCCCAGGUUCUCUUACCGCCGAUCGGUUCGAGCGUUUCGCUGCUCUUGCUCGAUCGCAAGGCUAUCUAGGCGGCUCGGGUUCGUCUUCGCGGCCCAUGUCAUAUGCUGCAGCAAUCCAGUCAACGCCCCAAGACUGGCAUCUCGAGUUCAGCAUGAACGGGCAGACCAUUGCGAACGAAACGACCAUUUACCGAGCUGUGCACUUCAACCAGACCCAGCCUUCGGAAGUGUCUGCGCGGAACGUCUGGUCGACUCCUCACGUCAUCAAGAUCAAGCGCGUAGAAGGGCCUCCGCCGGCGUCCAGCUCUCUGAGCCCGACUCCAGAACCUACAUCCCCUGUAACUUCUGAUCUACCACAGUCACUGGCCAGUCAUCCUGCGACUUCCGGCAUCCUCCGACUGCUAAGCAUCUUGCAUGAGCUCAACUCGAACUUGGACGAUGUCCUUUCCGAUAAUGUAGACACGAUCAAGCUCAAAGCUGAAUCCGUCUCGCAAUUCGUCAACACCAAGCUCACCGCUAAGCUCAAUCGGCAACUGGAGGAACCACUCAUCGUAGCGAGCAACUGCCUUCCCACCUGGAGUGAGGACCUUGCUCGGCUGUAUCCGUUCUUGUUCCCCUUCGAGACCAGGCAUCUCUUCCUGCAGUCGACCUCAUUUGGUUACUCACGAUCCAUGACGCGAUGGCAGAACGCCCAGUCCACCAACGACUCGCGGCGCGAUCGACACCGGGACGAGCGGCCGUUCCUGGGCCGCCUGCAGCGCCAGAAGGUCCGCAUCUCACGCAACAGGAUUCUCGAAUCAGCGAUCAAAGUCAUGGAGCUGUACGGAUCUUCGCCCAGCGUGCUGGAGGUCGAGUACUUUGAAGAGGUCGGCACCGGUCUUGGCCCAACGCUUGAGUUUUACUCGACUGUCUCGAAAGAGUUCUCGAAGAAGCGGAUCAAGCUUUGGAGGGAGAACGAGUCAGACGACAAGAGCGAGUUCGCCUUUGGAAAACAGGGCCUCUUCCCUGCGCCUAUGAGCGAAGAACAGGCCAACAGCGAGAACGGCAAGCGGAUCCUGCAACUGUUCAAGGUCCUCGGCAAGUUCAUUGCACGAUCUAUGCUCGACUCACGUAUUGUCGAUGUGUCGUUCAACCCGACUUUUUUCCGCGUCGGAGAUAUUACGGCUGUUGCUCCAUCGCUUGGCGCUGUCAAGUCCGUUGAUGAUGGUUUGGCCAAGUCGCUCAAGAUGCUCAAGCAGUUCGCAACUGCGAAGAAGAAGAUCGACGAGGACGGUCGCCUCAGUGCGGCGCAGAAGGUACAGGCUGCACAGAAUAUCAAAGUUCACGGAACGCACGUCGAAGAUCUUGGAUUGGACUUCACGCUUCCUGGAUACCCUACCAUCGAGCUCGUACCCAAUGGCUCCAACAUGGCUGUCACAAUCGACAACGUUGCCCUAUACCUCGAGAAGGUCCUCGACUUCACACUUGGAAGCGGAGUGCAGAGGCAAGUGGACGCCUUCCGGGCUGGCUUCUCCGCGGUUUUCCCUUAUUCCGCACUGAAGGCCUUUACUCCGGAUGAGCUUGUCAUGCUAUUCGGACGGGUGGAGGAGGACUGGUCGCUGGAGACGUUGAUGGACUCAAUCAAGGCGGACCACGGCUACAACCUCGACAGCAAGAGUGUCCGAAACCUCCUUCAAACCAUGAGCGAGCUCUCUCCUACCCGACGGCGGGACUUCCUCCAGUUUGUCACCGGCAGUCCGAAACUUCCCAUCGGAGGUUUCAAGAGCCUCACGCCAAUGUUCACCGUGGUUUGCAAGCCAAGCGAACCCCCGCUUACCUCGGACGACUACCUUCCCAGCGUUAUGACUUGCGUCAAUUACCUUAAGAUGCCUGAUUAUAGCAGCAUUGAGGUGCUGGGCAGGAAGUUGCAGGUUGCGAUGAGUGAGGGACAGGGCGCUUUCCAUUUAUCUUAA